AAAAGAAAUUAACUAUUUAUUUAAUCUCCCCGGUCCGACUUCCCUUCCGCCAUGCGUCUCUUUUCUUUCGAGUUCCCCGUCUCAUCGAUUUGAGAGUUUUGCAUCUCCGGAGACGGAGCGAUUAGCGUUUUGGGAUCUCGAGCGACUGUGGACAUGGCGGCGGAGAAACCAUGGGUGUUGAUGGUGACGGCGCAGACGCCGACGAACAUCGCCGUGAUCAAGUACUGGGGAAAGAGAGACGAGUCUCGCAUCCUACCCAUCAACGAUAGCAUUAGCGUGACGCUUGAUCCCGAUCAUCUCUGCACCGUCACCACCGCCGCUGUCAGCCCCGCGUUUGAUCGCGAUCGAAUGUGGCUCAAUGGCAAGGAAAUCUCCCUUUCCGGAAGUAGGUUCCAAAAUUGUUUAAGGGAAAUUCGAACUCGUGCCUGCGAUGUGGAAGACAAAGGAAAAUGUGUCAAGAUUGAAAAGAAAGAUUGGGAGAAAUUGCAUCUACACAUUGCUUCUUACAACAACUUCCCCACUGCUGCUGGUUUAGCAUCUUCAGCGGCUGGAUUUGCCUGUCUAGUAUUUGCUCUUUCAAAGUUGAUGAAUGUAAAUGAAGAUCAAAGCCAACUUUCCGCUAUAGCCAGGCAAGGUUCUGGAAGUGCAUGUCGAAGUUUAUUUGGUGGAUUUGUCAAGUGGACUAUGGGAAACAAAGAAGAUGGAACUGACAGCGUGGCAGUUCAACUGACAGAUGAGAAGCACUGGAAUGAUCUUGUUAUUAUCAUUGCUGUGGUGAGUUCACGGCAGAAGGAAACAAGCAGCACUUCAGGAAUGCGUGAGAGUGUUGAGACAAGUUUGCUCUUACGGCAUAGAGCUAGGGAAGUUGUGCCACAACGCGUUUUGCAAAUGGAAGAAGCUAUAAAAAAUCGUGAUUUUGAAUCUUUUGCGCAAUUGACAUGUGCUGACAGUAAUCAGUUUCAUGCUGUCUGCCUGGAUACAUCUCCACCCAUAUUUUACAUGAAUGACACUUCCCACAGAAUAAUUAGCUUAAUCGAAAAGUGGAACCGCUCUGAUGGGACACCACAGGUUGCUUACACUUUCGAUGCGGGGCCAAAUGCUGUCAUGAUCGCACGCAAUAGAAACGUGGCAAUUCAAUUGCUUCAGAAGUUGCUCGUCUGCUUUCCCCCAAACCCUGACACUGAUAUGAAUAGUUAUGUCCUAGGGGAUAAGUCGAUUCUGCAAGAGGCGGGAUUGGGAGGAGCAAACGGUGUGGAGGCCCUUCACCCUCCACCGGAAGUGAAAGAAAAUGUUCACAAAGGGGAAGUUAAUUAUUUCAUCUGCACCAGACCCGGGAGAGGUCCCGUCUUGCUUCAAGAUCAAACCCACGCCCUUCUUGAUUCCGCGACCGGCCUUCCCAAUCUAAGUUCACCCGAAAAAAGGACAUUGGCUUGACGAUGGGUUGCGUGACUUGCGUCCAUGACUUUGUUCUGGGGAGCAAAUAUUAUCACUCGUAAGGUAUUGCGGCCGUAGUUAACUAGCAGGGAUGGCCAAAAUUACGUGGGUCGAAUCAGGAUAAUAUACACGAAUUCAGGUGCGAGUUUGAGUUUUCCUUUCCAAAAUGAUUUAUAUUGCAAAAUUUGUGAAAUUGACUUAUGUGGUUAGGGUUAGUAUAAAUACGUUUUAUAUACUUCAUUCAUUUCAUAUUAAUCAAAACAGAAAAUAUUUUCCUCUCUUUUCUAUUGUUGAAUUCUCCCUAAAUUCAAUAGAAUAAAUAUUUUCCGUAGAGAUUUCAUCUGUUCCUUUUUUCACUUUUCUUCUCUAAUUCAAUUCUUUCAAAAUUUCACCAGGUUUGUUUUGAUUUUCACCAAAUUUGAUUCUCUUUGAUUCAAGUUCAACAUCUUCUUCCAUUGCAAUUUUUUUUUCCUGCACGAUUGAUUUGCCUUCGGCGAAAUUCGCCAGCAAAUCCUCCGAUCCACUACGUUUCUCUAUCAUCAAAGCCAACUGUAUUCGGUCUUCUCAGAUCUGUCUGUUCGAGUUGUGGUUAGGCGAUUGCCACCUUCCGAUUCGUAGAUUUGGACCACUAUGAACUUUUUUUUUGAUAACGGAAGACCCCUAACUGCUACCCUUCGGACGCAUU